UUCUCUUCUCCAAAAUGACCACAACAAUUCCUCCUCUCUCUUUCUUCUCCAGAUGCAUUUUCUCCAUUGAAAAUUGACCAACCUCAACCUUUGUCUUUCCAAACCCAGGUCAAAUCCCAACUUUUCUCUUUGCUAUCUCACUUUAUCUACUCUAAUUUCAUGUUUAACUUUGGUUUUCUCUUCUGCAAUUCAAUUGUUCUUACUAUUCCUUCUCUUAUGCCUCAUAUCAAAUUGCACAAGUUUCUUUCUUUAUUAUUUGUGGGUAAUAUGUUUGCUGAUAAAUUGAGAAAUUUGGAGUCCUUGUUGCUUUUCGAAAUCCUUUCAAAAUUUGGAGAUUGAAAAAAUUAGGUUGCUUUAUGCCCAAAAUCAGCUGCUGAGGAGGUCACCAGUACAAUGGAAGAAGAGCUCGUGGAUGCUGGGCUGCAAGUUUCUAUGUCUUCAGAUGAUAUGGAAGAAGACUUACAAUCAAAUCACCCGUCUAGUAUCAUUGAAGUCCCAAUUGUCAAUGGUAAGUAUUAUGUGCUAUCACUUUUAUUAUGUUCAGAGCUAAUUAUUUUGUUUUUCUUUGAUAUACUUGAAGGCCCCUCUAUGAUUGAUGUUUCUGAUGCAUUCCUCUCAUUAUCGACGAAAUUUUUUGAAAAUCGAGAAGACCUUCUCAGUACUAUUCGUAAGAUUGGGUUGCUGCAAGGGUAUGUUAUGGUAAUCAAAAGAUCUAAAAGCAAUAGAUAUGUGGCUAUUGGUUGUGAUAGAGGUGGUUGUUAUCGAACCUACUCUACACUUGAGGAGAAGAAAAAGAAUUUAGCUUCUCGUCUGAUAGAUUGCCCUUUCAAAAUUCUGGGUAGAAGGACAGCCGAAGGGUUGUGGAAGGUCGAGAUAAGUAGCUUGUUACAUAACCAUGAGCCUUCCAUUAACAUGGCUGGACAUCCAUAUUGUCGUCGGUUUACGAAAGAUGAAGCCUUACAAGUUGAACAAAUGAGUCGGGCUGGCAUAAAACCACGUCAAAUUCUCUCUUCCAUUCGACAAAGUAAUCCUGAUCUUCUAGCUGUUUCCAGAAAUAUAUAUAGCAAGACAGCUCAGUUUAGGAGGGAGAGUCUAGGUGGGCGUUCAAUUAUUCAAGCAUUAUUAGAUGAGCUUGGUGGUGCUGGUUUUUCUCAUAAUGCCAAAUAUGAUCACUCUGGUCAUUUGACUCAUCUAUUCUUUGCUCAUCCCACAUCCAUUGAGUUGACUAAAAGCUACUCUAAUGUCUUUGUGAUGGAUUGUACUUAUAAGACAAAUAAGUACAAGAUGCCAUUACUUGAGAUUGUAGGAGUGUCGAGCUUCAACACAUCAUUCUAUUCGUGUUUUGUUUUCAUGCAAAAAGAGGAACAACAUGAUUAUCAGUGGGCUCUUGAAAUGUUCAGUAAGUUGUUGGGAGAUGGUAAUCAUCCAUUGGCAAUUGUAAGUGAUAGGGAGUUGGCAUUAAUGAAAGCAGUACAAGUUGUGUUUCCGAUGACUCCUAAUCUUUUAUGCAUAUGGCAUAUUGAAAAAAAUAUUCUUGCACAUUGUAAGGGUCAGUUUAAGGAAGAUGCAGAUUGGGUUGGUUUUAUGUCUUCUUGGAGUACCCUUGUAAAGUCUUGGGACGUGUCGACAUUUAAUGAAGCUUGGAACCGUUUUCAAAUUGAGUACAAAGACUAUUCUUCCAUUUUGACUUACAUUGGCAAUACUUGGCUUCCAUGGAAAGAGAGGUUUGUAUUUGCAUGGACCGGACAAACUUCACACUUUGGUAAUAAUGUUACUUCUAGAGCAGAAGGUGCACAUGGAACCUUAAAGAAAUAUCUUCAAGUUUCUACUGGUGGUCUCCGUGAAGUGAAGGAAAAUAUUUGUCUUGCUAUUCAAAAUCAGUUUCAAGAAAUUAGAACUCAACUUGCAAGUGAAAAGAUUCGUGUUCCUCAAAAGCUUUGCAUCCCUUUCUUUAAAGAAGUGAUUAAUAAGGUGUCUUUCUAUGCUUUGUUUGAGUUACAAAAGCAAUAUUUGUUGGCAAAUACCAAAGACUAUUCAUCCCAAUGCAAGGGCCAAUUUUCCAAAACCAUGGGUCUUCCAUGUGUGCACAUGAUCAAGGAGAUGAGGAUUGAAGUGCUGCCUUUAAAUCAGAUUCAUGAGCAAUGGAGGAUUGACACAAGAUCAUUCACUAAUGAUCAUUGUGCAAGCUUGGAUCAUGAAGAUCCAUUUAGUAGUCUUUUAUUUGAGGUUAAGGAGAAGUAUGAAAAACAGCCGCUUAUGCAAAAAGAAAAUACAUUAAGGCAGCUUUCUCAGAUUCUUGGUGCAUCUUGUCCUUUAAUUUUUGAACCUACUCUUCAACCUCACAAAGGUCGUCCGGUAGGAUCAAAUAAAAGAAAGGAAACUAGCUCUACAAGGCGGGAACCUUCAUAUUUUGAGAGAGUGGAGAAGGCACCUCGAAAAUGUAGUGGAUGCGGUAAUAUUGGCCAUUAUCGUAACAAGUGUCCAUCAAUUAAUAAGUCUACCACAGUAGGAACACAGUGAGAUAAAGCUUCUAGCUUCUUUUGGAGAACAAGAAAUUUAUGAUAGCUUUUUGUGCAGCAUGGCUUGGACUACUUUCUUUUUGUAUCUCUCACAGCAUAGGAGAGUUUUGUAGAUGACGUAGGAAAGGAGAUGGAAUAGUUUGUGUAUAUACAUUCUGUAGUGUCGUGCAUACAGAAAGAUCGCAUAUCCUGUCUUUCUUGUAACUAGUGUUUCAUUGUUUGUUGAACUCUUGGAGAAACUGUGGAAUGUCAGAAUCUAUAUGGAUACGAGUUUCAA